UGAGUUUGAGCCUGUGCUUGUCCUUCCUUAGGACCUAGCUGUAGGGCUUUGCAAAGCCUCCCGAGAGGGUGAUGAACACGUCUUGGGAGUGACGCCUCACCAGCAGCAGCCAUUGCACACACUGCCUAAGUGCUGUGGAGUUUUUGGUGAGGGUUAGCCAAGACGUUGUCUUCCUGAUGAAGAUCGGAGCCACCCCUCUGUCUCCCCUCGAGCAGUUGCUUCCGAUGCAAUGAGUAACACGACUACUCCCACCUCCGCCGGGACCUCCAGCGACUCCUUAGUAGGGUACGUCCUGGUGCCCUUCUUCCUCAUCACCGUCAUCGGCAUCGUUGUGGUGGUGAUGAUGUACAUUCAGAAGAAGAGGAGGUUUGACAGGUUACGUCACCACCUUUUACCGAUGUACAGCUACGACCCCGCAGAGGACCUGCACGAGGCUGAACAGGAGCUGCUGGGGGAUCCAGACGACACCAAGGUGAUGCGAGGCUGGGGUGGAUACCAGCCCCAUCGGACUCUGCUCAUGGACAUGAAAGCGUAACGCAGCUCGGCAACCAGUGUCCAGGCGAUGUACUAACCACCUCCACCCCUCUCCCUUCUUGUGGAUUUCUGUGCUAACGUCAAGUCCUCCCACAUGGAGUUAAUUGUUUAAAGCUCCACCCUCCAUUUUGCUCGACUUCUGUCCCCCUCCUCCCGUUCUGCCCUUUACAAGGUACGGCGGGUGUGUGUAGUCCUUGCUGGCUUUAGCUUCCGAGCGCUGUCAGCCCGUGCUGCCCCUGAGUGUUCCCGCCGGCGAAGCACUGAAGGCAUGGGCUGGGUCUUGGGUUUGCACGUUUUGACCAGGAACAGCUCUUUCCUCCUCUUGGUUGCAGAUAUAAAGCCCUCUGAGCCUUUUCACGUGGGCCCAGAAGAGAGGCUGUUGAUCCUGAGAGUGUGUUGGUGAAACUCCAUCGCUGGGUGGCUCAGAGACUCAGCCCCAGGAAACCCAGUUUAUCGCAGCCUCCCCUUCGGUAUAAGCCAUUUAAAACCAACGCAGUUGUGGUAUUGCAGAUGCAUCUGCUGACUGCACAGAGAACAAACCUCCUGCCAUGCUGCCUAUCUAUCGAAGCAUAUGCUGAGCGUGUUACUUUGCAUGGGGCAGUCCCAUGCACAAAUCUGAUUACUGUAUCUCUUGCUCGCUCUGUAUGGGGUCCUAGUUUAAUGGAGCCUUUGCUGCGAUCUUGAAAUAGCUGACAGCAAGCAUGUUUCCUUCAGCCCUGCAAAAGGCCAUUCAGAUGGGUGCAUUUGAAACAGUCCUGUGAUUCCAGUCACCCCAGGACAGAGAUGGGUUCAAUUUGGCUAUGCAGUAAAACCAGGGUGAGUUUAGCAGAGCAAAACUGUCUGUCUUUGCAUUCAGCCAAGAGGCCUUAUGUAUUUGCCAAGAAGGAGAAGUCUUCCUGGCACAAAAGCUACUGGAUAGUAAAACAACCAAACUCUGUAAUAGUUCAGCAAGGUGGAUCUUUCUACAUGGAUAAUUUUUGUAUUCAAUAGUAGCUUAUCUCUAUAUUUUGUAAAUAAAAAGGCACCGUGAAUGUGA